AUGGGGGGCGUAGGAACCGCACCCAGUGAAAUUCCGUAUGCGCCGGUCAGCCAUACAGCAGUACAUUCAGAGGAGGGAACUCCCUCGGCGACCGCGCCAUCAGAAACCUCAGUACCCAAUUCGGCGGAACUUGACGCUGUCGCUGCCCAUUACGACUCUAACCCUGAGGAGCAUGAGGCCAGGACGAGUCAGGAACAAGGAGACAAAGAAGGGAGCGUUGAGGAGCAUACUGCUCAGAAGGAGACGGUAGAGAGUUUAGAGGAAUCUGAACAAGUAGUACCACCCGUGAUAAAACCAAAGGCAGUUAAGAGGAAGUUAGUGUUGAAGGGAGACCAGAAGGAGGUACAACCGAAGCCGCAAAGGGUAUCGCAGCGAUGCCUGGGCAAAUGGGCAGCAAGCAAGGCCCUGGCGAGCACAGUCGAGAGCCCAGUCGAGAUCUCAAGCGAGGAAGAACAGGCCACUCACAAGAAGGCAGAGGGUAAGCCUACACAGGCUACUGAUCAAGAGGAUACUGGGGUGUCUCCUGUACAGAACGAGCAAGGCGCGGAAACUGAAGGGGUGGCUGAGGGUCCGGACCUCGCACCCGGGUCAGUAAGGACAGAGGAAGCUGAUGAUGUUGAUGCUCAAGCCCCAGGAGUAACCACCCUUACUGCCCAAGAGGAGGAAGCUCAAUACCAGCGAGCCAGGAAGAGAAAAGGGAAGGCUCCAAUCCAAAAGAAAUCGGUCACCAAACGGUCCAGAGUAGCAAACACAGGAAUCGUCAUCACCGAAGCAUCUCAACAAACUCCACCCAGCCGAAAGGAGUUAAGUGAUAGUGAGUACGCUGCCAGUGAAGAGCCAGAUUCCGAUAGCGACAUCUCCUUGGAAGGUGAGGAGUAUGGGGAACAGUCACUCCCGGAUGACCACCGAGAGCUUGUGCAUCCCCCAGUUGAGAGGCUCCGAUACAGACGAUGGACCGUAGACUUCACCAAUGAGAUUGCUGAGGAAAUGAAACUUUUCGAAACCCAGAAGCUGCAAGAUUCCUUUGAAAGCUUGGACGAUGGCAGCAAGGAAAUUAAAUGUUGA